CACGCCAGGGGAGCGCGGCGGAGCUGGGAUCAGCCGGGAGCGAAAAUGUGAAGGUGGAAUCCUUGUGAGCAGCAUUGUGUGUUGUCACUGGCGUCUCUGGGAGGGGGGAAAGAAAGAAAAAAAAGAAAAGAAAUUAAAAAAAGACAGCCGACGUUCACACAGCAAGAGCGGGAGUUUUAUUUGGAUGUUGUAGCUGAUUACGGGUAUUAUUCUCCCUUCUGUUUCUUUUUUUAAAAAAAUAUUUUUUGUACCCCUCCUCUCUAUGCCCACCUUCUUAGAAAUUGACUGGGAGCAGUGCUGCUGGGAGUGAAAAGCAUCAAUUGCGUUUAGUGGAUAUUAUUAUUAUUAUUUAUUUAUUUUUUUAUUGCACAAUAUCGAAGGAGUAAAACUGCCGAAACUGAGGAUUUCCUCGUGCUUUAUGGGAUUAUUUUCUGACGAAGCCGCUUUGUUUUGGAUAACAACACAUUGUGCAUCAUGAGUUCCAGUGCUUAUCGCCAAGACUCAACAGGCGGUGAGCGGAGCUCUGGACCAAUCCGGUGCCAGCGAUGUCGGGAAGUUUGCAAAGGCGAAGUCGUACGAGUACAAGAGACCCACUUUCAUGUCAAGUGUUUCACCUGCACCGUGUGUAAAUGUGAUUUAGCACAAUCUGGCUUCUUCCAGAAGAAGGGCGAAUACAUCUGCACGGCAGACUAUCAGCGUUUGUAUGGUACGCGCUGUGACCGCUGUGACACCUUCAUCACAGGAGAAGUGGUCUCUGCUCUGGGACGCACGUACCACCCCAAGUGCUUUGUCUGCAGUGUUUGCAGUAAACCCUUUCCAAUCGGAGACAGGGUGACGUUCAGUGGAAAGGACUGCGUGUGCCAGCAGUGCUCCCACACACUUGUCAAGUCAAAUGAACCGAUCAAGAUCCACGGGCCCAGCCACUGUGCUGGAUGCAGAGCCGAGAUUAAGCAGGGUCAGUCUCUUCUGGCGUUGGAUAAACAGUGGCAUGUCAGCUGCUUCAGAUGUCGGACCUGCAACAUGGUCCUCACUGGAGAGUACAUCAGCAAGGAUGGAGUGCCAUACUGUGAGGCAGAUUACCACGCCCAGUAUGGGGUGAAAUGUGAGACCUGUAGCAGAUACAUCAGUGGAAGGGUUCUGGAGGCAGGAGGGAAACACUACCAUCCAACCUGCGCUCGAUGCGUCCGCUGCAACAUGAUGUUCAAAGAGGGAGAGGAAAUGUACCUGACAGGAUGCGAGGUGUGGCACCCGCUGUGCAAGCAAGCGGCGAGAGCAGAGAGGAGACUCAGGCACAGACGCCUGUCAGAGGCCUCCAUCUCUCCUCCGGGCUCCUCGAUAGGCUCUCCCAGUAGAGUUAUAUGUGCCAGAGUGGAGAAUGAGAUCCUAGAUUAUAAGGACCUAGCUGCCCUGCCAAAGGUCAAAGCCAUAUAUGAGGUCCAACAGCCAGACCUCCUCAUAUCCUCCUCAUACCAGCCGUACCACAGAUACAUCUCUGAUGACAGGCUAGACACUUACAGCUAUGGGGAGUCACUUGGGACUCUCUCUCCCUAUUCUCAGGACUAUGACAGCCUAGAUACAAAGCAGAGGCGCUGCUCCAGUCCAGGUUACAUUGACUCGCCGACGUAUAGCCGCCAAGGCAUGUCACCCAUCCUGCCUCGCUCUCCACAGCACUAUGGCUACCCUGGCUCUGAGAGUGGCAGGAGUUCACCUUAUUACAGCCAAGACGGGCGGUCAAGCACACCCACCACAACAGCCCCCUAAACAUUUCAUGUGCCAGCCACAGGGGAUCCCAACAUCUACAGGAAGCCUCCCAUCUAUAAGAGAACGGGUACACUUAUCACAGCCACCAAAAGCAGGACCAGUGAGGACAUCCUCAGAUCCUCCAGACUGUCUACCUACUCUCCAGAAUCAUACACCCAGUCAGCUGACUACUACCCCUACACCAGCUCCCCCAGGGCCUAUCGGGCGCCAAGAAGACGCUUCUCGACGGGAGGAGAUGAAGAGACUUGGAGUCACAGUCUUCAAAGAAUUGGGAGUGGCAUCGGGAGGAUGAUUCUAAAGGAGGAGAUGAAAGCCAGAUCUGGUUCCUAUGACAACGACCCCUGGGGCAGCGCGAGGAAUUCUCGUAGCGGGAGCAAGGAAACACUGAACACUACAAGCUACGGCACCACGGCGUACAACAACACCAUCAACGGCUCUCCUCGGUCACAGUACAGCACUGACAGUGGUAAAUUAUUUUGUAAGUCAGCUUCACUACCAGGAUAUGGUCGCAACGGCAUCCAGCGGCCUCAGAGUGCAGAUUGCUACCACUACCAAUAUGACAGUGGCAGCGAGGUCAACUGGGGAAGCAGAGAACAUAAGAUUUACCCCUAUGAAUCGCUCAUCGUCACCACUAGAGGGCGCAACAGGCUGCCCAAAGACGUAGACAGAGCCAGACUGGAACGCCACCUGUCCCCAGAGGAGUUCGUUCAAGUGUUUGGUAUGACUGUGGAAGAGUUUGACCGGCUGGCUCUGUGGAAGAGAAAUGAACUGAAAAAACAGGCCCGACUGUUUUAA